UUUGUGCUUGUGCAGUCGGCCGCGCUUCAACUUAGUACGGUUGUCAACUGCUUCAACCUGGCUUCAACUUCUACAUUCUCGGCCUAUUACUCUCCUGUACAAGGGACCUCAAAACAACCCGGACGUAGCUUUGGAAAGUCUGCAUUGAGGUCCUCCAACACAUCAGUACAUGCGCUUAGCGGAACUGGGACUGCGUGACUUGGCCGCUGCACAAUGUCCUCGACGGACUUGUUGGUGUCACUGGAAAGUCAUGAAGACGUGGUGGCAUGGAUCAACAAUGCCCUGGAACCCGAUCCGUCUGCGUUUGACGGAAGUCCUUUGGAGCUGACAGAGCUCGAUCGCCGGGUCUCCAGUCUCGUAGACACGUCUGCAACCGUCGAACGACUCAUUGACGAUAUAUCUCGAAGCGCCACGCGACUCACAUAUGACUUGCACUUCAUGCGGGACGGCGCCCUGUCGCUACAGUCGAUCCUUCAAAAUGUCGAGACGAAGUCUAAGGCAUCGGUCGCGGCCGAGACCAACGCGGCCUUAGAACGCCUGCACUUUCUCGAUACGGUCAAACACAACAUGGAGGCAGCUCGGGAGGUCUUACGCGAAGCCGAAAGCUGGGGCACACUCGAAAGCGACGUGACCUCGCUCUUGGGCGAGAAGAAUUACGAGAAGGCCGCAGAGAGGCUUUCUGAAGCUAGCAAGAGCAUGGCCGUCUUCGAGAACACGCCAGAAUACGAGAGCCGACGGACGCUCAUGGUCAGUCUCCAGAAUCAGCUGGAGGCGGCUCUAAGCUCUGCCUUGGUCGCAGCCGUCAGCUCACAGGACGUGGCCGUCUGCCGCAACUACUUUGGUAUUUUCAGCAAUAUACAGCGAGAAGCCGAGUUUCGCAACUAUUACUACGGGUCCCGGCGGGCAUCACUGCUCGAGAUGUGGCAGAGUGCGCCGCUUCGGGAUUGCGAAGGUGCAUCAGACGCUGGACAUGCUACACAGACAUUCUCUGCGUUUCUCUCGACGUUUUACGCGUCUUUCUUGGCUAUACUGCAGUUCGAACGCACCUCUGUUCCGGCGAUCUUCCCAGAUCCACAGCAAACAUUGUCUACGCUGAUCUCAUCAGCUCUCUCCGCUUUACAACCCACCUUCUCCCAACGCCUAGCCGCAGUCAGCACAUUUCAUGGACCACGCGCACUGCGCGAGCUCAUCGCCGCGUACCGUGUUACGGAAGAGUUUGCGCUGGCAGUGGACAAGAUCUUCGAGAAGGUCGGCUUCUCCUCGCUCAUCUCUUCCGCCCCAAACACGACCACGGACAGUUCCAGGAUCCACUCCCGCCGUCGUUCAACCUCGCGGAUGUCCAUGUCCAUAUCACGCCGGAUGCCGCCUCAGCGCCCCUCUGAGAGUAGCGUCACGGUCCCGACGCUGCCGAUUCUUGAUUGGGACACGGACCUCUUCGGGCCCUUUGUCGACUUCCAGGCUGACUACUCCUCACUAGAGCGCCGCCUCUUGGACAAUGCUCUUGAUUCUGCACUGCAGAGCACGCCUCGACCAACUACCGGGACGGAUUACGCGCGGGUCCUGCGAGAGCGAGCCGUAGAUGUGUUCGGCGCCGCGGAGGACGCCGUCGCGCGUUGUAACGCUUUUACCCACGGCUACGGUGCUGCAGCGCUGGUUCACGCUGUAGACCAUCUCGUCUCCGCGUUCGCAGAAGCGUCGCGCGUCGAGAUCGCAUCGAGAAGGUCUGCGGCGACCGACGCGUCUGCCGGUGCCGGUGCCAGUGCGGAGGCUGAUCUGGCCGACUUGGACUACACAGCGGAAGACUGGGCAGAAAUCCAGGCCUUGCUGCAUCUGCUUGAAGCCGUACGGGCACUCUUCGACCGGACGUCAUCGUACGACAGCAAGCUGCGCGGUAGUCUCGUGCAAGCGUCCAUGUACCUUCGUGCAACCCGACAGGACUCCGGCGCAUUCGGCUCCCAUGACACCGGUACGACGCGAGGUGCGUUGCAGGUCCUGAUGCAGUCGACGCUCAACUCUGCCGAGCUGCAUACUCUGUUGGAGAGCGUCGAUCCAGAGCCGCCUGCGCCGUCCCACCCUGCACCCAGUGUGCCUCCUUCCCCAGACGCGCGGCGCAUGUCGUUCAUGGGCACGGGCCCGCUGUCACCGCUCCUGGGGCAGUCUACGCUGGCACCACCACUCCUCACUGAGGCUCGCAGCGCCAUCUCCGCUCUCGCGCACGCAUGUCAAAUGGCUCUCCAAGAGACGAUCUUGGGCCCACUCUACAUUCAUCUCGCCGCGUACCCUGCGCUCUCUGUGUGGGUGGCGCCAGAUCCAUCCGCAAAAGCUCCUGGUGCUGGAGGCGCCACGAGCGCAGUGCACGUGCCGACCUUCUCGCUCAGUCCUAGUACGACGAUGGGACGCGUUGCUGAGGGACUCCUCAGUCUUCCGAGGCUCUUCGAGGUCUAUGCCGAUGACGACGCGCUCGCAGUUUCGCUCCAGACCCUUCCGUUUCUCAGCAAACGUUUCCUCCUCGCUCUCGCGGAGCCGGUACAAUCUCCCCCAGCAGGCCCAUCGGAACUGCGCUCGCGGCGUUCAGCUUCGGUCGCCUUCCUCCCCGGACAACAAGAUAUCCAAGAUAUGCACUUCUCCCCGGAGGCUGUCACGGCUGCGUGGCUUGCUUCGCUAACGCGGACAUUGUUGGCGCGCUUGACGCCGGGCGCUGCGCAGCUGUCCGCCGAUCUCGGGUGGCUUGCUAACAUAGUUGAGGCGUUGAACGCCGACUGGGCGCCCUUGCGGAGGUGGCGGAAGUGGAUCGAUGUGACGGACGUGGAGGGAAAGAAGAAGGUCACCGAGGGGUAUACGUCUGGGGAUGGAUCCGCAGACACGGAGAGGGAUGGAGAGGACGAUGCCGAUGAUACUGAGGACGACAUCGUCCGGACAGUUACCAAGUUGAGGGGCUGGUCGAUAUGAUCAUGGUACGCCAUAUGGCAUUUUUUGAAGCCAGACUUCAAUCGAUGGUCAUGCUCGCUAUCGAGUUGGCUGUAAGGUGUCGCACUCAACGUCUUCUAUGUUAUGGGCCAGCUGAACUGGUAGGUGGCUUCCCUACGCCAAUUGCGAGCGUAGUAAGUACCAGCAGGUGCCAAGCGUUUAUAUAACAUCGGGCAUUGGAUGACAUCGAUUAGUGUCCUGAUCCACAAA